CUGUCCUUCCUUGCGAUGGUGGGGUGCAGAUUUCACAAGACAGUGUCAGACUAUUAUUUAUUGUGGGCUCCGGAAGACGAGAAAAUGCGUGCUGAGGCUGGAUUAGGGCUGUGUGCCAUGAAAUGACUUUAAAGGUUAAUGCACCUCAGACCCGGAUGAGAAUCUGGCCGACUGACAGCCCCUCCUUCACACAGGAGUCUGCAAGAUGAGAUAUUGGCUUCUGACUUUGAUGUCAUUGGUUGACUGACUGAACACAAUUGAAGAAACCCAGCACAGCAUGACCUCCUACUUCUGCCAGCCCAGGAUCCAGGAAGUGGUCGAGUGUCUGAAGUCUGCUGGUGGUUAAAUGAGCACGGGUUAAUGAAGCAGAAUCCUAGCCAGGCAAAGGCACUGGGGUGACUGUGUGGGGCCAAGAUCAGGUGUCGCUUUCACAACGAACUAGUUGUAUAAUUCUGGGUGAUUUCCUUCACCUGAAGGGCCUUGGCCCUCACCUAUAACACAUAAACUCAACACAGUCUGAGCUGUGGAAGGGGCAGAGGUGUCUGAAUGAACUGGUACAGCCAGCCGUGAGGGGGCAUUCUCAGGACGCAGCAAGCGAGUGUAUUCUUACAAGGCUUGAACUUCCUGCUGCUAUCCACAAAGAUGCUUUUUAUCUUUAACUUCUUGUUUUCCCCACUUCCAACCCCGGCACUGGUCUGCAUUCUCACCUUCGGAGUUGCCAUCUUCCUGUGGCUGGUCAGUAGACCUCAGCCAGUCUUGCCUCUUGUGGAUUUGAACAACCAGUCAGUGGGAAUUGAGGGUGGAGCACGGAAGGGCGCUAGCCAGAAGAGCAAUGAACCACUAUCUUACUACUACUCAGAUGCCAAGACAAUGUAUGAAGUUUUCCAAAGAGGACUUGCUGUGUCUGACAAUGGGCCUUGCUUGGGAUAUAGAAAACCAAACCAGCCCUACAGAUGGCUAUCCUACAAGCAGGUGUCUGAUCGCGCAGAGUACCUGGGUUCCUGUCUUUUGCAUAAAGGACAUAAGCCAUCACAAGACCAAUUUAUUGGCAUCUUUGCUCAGAAUAGGCCAGAGUGGAUCAUCUCUGAGUUGGCUUGUUACACGUACUCCAUGGUAGCCGUUCCUCUGUAUGAUACCUUGGGAGCAGAAGCCAUCGUAUACAUUGUCAACAGGGCUGAUAUCACUACAGUGAUCUGUGAUACGCCCCAAAAGGCAUCGAUGCUGAUAGAAAAUGUGGAGAAGGGCCUCACCCCGGGCCUGAAAGUGAUCAUUCUCAUGGAUCCUUUUGAGGAUGACAUGAAGCAAAGAGCAGAGAAAAGUGGAAUUGAGCUCUUAUCCCUGUUUGAUGCCGAGAAUCUAGGCAAAGAGAACUUCAGAAAACCUGUGCCUCCUAAACCAGAAGACCUGAGUAUCAUCUGCUUCACUAGUGGGACCACAGGUGACCCUAAAGGAGCCAUGUUGACCCAUCAAAAUAUUGUUUCAAAUGUUUCUUCUUUCCUCAAGUGUAUGGAGCAUGUUUUCAAGCCCACCCCUGAUGAUGUGACCAUAUCCUACCUCCCCUUGGCUCAUAUGUUUGAGAGGGUUGUACAGGCUGUUGUGUACUCCUGUGGUGCCCGAGUUGGUUUCUUCCAAGGAGAUAUCCGGAUGCUGCCUGAUGACAUGAAAACUCUGAAGCCCACGGUGUUUCCCGUCGUGCCUCGACUACUCAACAGAAUCUAUGACAAGGUACAAAAUGAAGCCAAGACACCCUUGAAGAAGUUCUUGUUGAACUUGGCUAUUUCCUCUAAAUUCAGUGAAGUGAAAAAGGGGAUCAUCAGGCGUGACAGUUUAUGGGACAAAUUCAUCUUUUCAAAGAUCCAGGACAACCUGGGUGGGAGGGUUAAUUUCAUGGUCACUGGAGCUGCCCCCAUCUCUUCUCCAGUCUUGACGUUCCUCCGGGCGGCACUGGGAUGUCCGGUGUUCGAAGCAUAUGGUCAAACAGAAUGCACAGCUGGCUGUACGUUUACGUCACCAGGUGACUGGACUUCAGGGCAUGUUGGAGUUCCCCUGCCUUGCAAUCACGUGAAGCUGCAAGAUGUACCUGACAUGAACUACUUUUCAGUGAACAACGAAGGAGAGAUCUGCAUCAAGGGCAGCAAUGUGUUCAAAGGAUACCUGAAGGAUCCUGAGAAAACCAAGGAAGCCCUGGAUGAGGACGGCUGGCUUCACACAGGAGACAUCGGCCGUUGGCUACCGAAUGGAACUCUGAAGAUCAUUGACCGUAAAAAGAACAUCUUCAAGCUGGCCCAAGGAGAAUACAUUGCUCCUGAGAAGAUAGAAAAUAUCUACAUCAGGAGUAGACCAGUGUUGCAAAUUUUUGUACAUGGGGAUAGCUUACGGUCGUCCUUAGUGGGAGUGGUGAUUCCUGACCCAGACGUGCUGCCCUCAUUUGUGGCCAAACUUGGGGUUAAAGGCUCCCUUGAAGAACUGUGCCAAAACCAAGUUGUAAAGGAAGCCAUUUUAGAAGACUUGCAGAAAAUUGGGAGAGAUGGUGGCCUUAAAUCCUUUGAACAGGUCAAAACUGUCUUUCUACAUCCAGAGCCAUUUUCCAUUGAAAAUGGGCUCUUAACACCAACACUGAAAGCAAAGCGGGCAGAGCUUUCCAAGUACUUUCGAAACCAAAUCGACAGCCUGUAUGAGAGCAUCCAGGAAUAGAUUAAGUUUGCUGCUGAACUGGAAGCUAUGGGGGAAGGAGUUUAAACUCAUGUCAAGUGCACUUUUCCAGUAAAUGAAGCUGGCACUUUGUUCCUGAACUAGGAACAAAGACCUAUGGGCAAGCAUGGACCCUCCACAACAGGCUUAUCUUCUGGGAAGAACCUGACUGAUCUUUUCUCCACUGGACUCCAGUUCCUGUUAUACCUUACCCUCAGACAACACAUUGCUUCCACUUGUAAAGUCUUUAAAAUAAACUACUGCAAACAUGUA